GUCUCUUUUUGCAACUAAAAGCAUUGAUCAUGAUGUAACCGCGUAAAACCCAGCUCUCAAAACACAUGGCUGAUGUGGCCAAAGGAUGGGAGCAUUGCAUUCAUAUUGCCAUUGUGUUGAUGCUAAUUGAUCUAAGCUUUGCAGGCCAGUGAGAGUGGCUGCUGACUAACUAAUCCUCUUUGCACUCCUUGCUUCUGUAGAUCUGCUCCUUCACGGCUGUAGUUUACGCUCUUUUUAAACAGACGAGGUGGGGAUGACCUACAAUCCAGCCGGGACGACUUCCCACAUCUUGGCUGGAAAUUGUAAUCCCUUCUGCUCCUUAUUUUUAGAUGUUUCAUCACAUUGGGGACUAUAUCUUUUUUCCCUUUUCAUGGAUUAUGCCUUAACUUUCAGACCUGUGUACAAUUCCAGUGCGAUGGAAAAAGUGGAUUAUGAGGGGCUGGCUGAAUGUAUCCUACGGCACAUACUGGACACGAGGAGAGGAUGCAAAAUAUGUAAAACAAAACAGGCUUUGGCCUCCUCCUGAUCUGGCCCCGGCGGAUGAGGUCAGUAGAGGUCAUCACCAUGGUGACCUUUGCUGAGACAACGCAAGUCUCCCCUAUGGAGCUCUGCGAGCCACCCUGCAUGACGGCAGCCCUGUCCCCCGGGCUGCGGAGGAAAAAAAUGCUGUGGCAGAAUGCUGUGAAACACAUCAUGAUCCAGCAGGAGCUCAGCGCCCAGGUGGGAGUGGAGCCGGCACAAAAGAUCUUUGUGACGGAUGCCUACAUGGAGGAAAUCAACAAGCAAAUCCGCAACAAGGCCUCACGCGGGGUCACGAAACGUCGCUCCUCCACCUUCAGGGUGCACCCAUCCCAUCCCCGUGGUUCCACCGGCACACAAACCAGCGUCAGAGCGUCUUUUCAUGACUACGCCAGCGAUGCCGACUUCUUCCUGCACUGGGGCCACACAAUUCGAGGAGUCUACAUACCCACCCUGAGGCACACCUUCAAGUCUCGGGACCUGGAGAAACUUUACCAGCAACAUUAUUCCCACCAACGCCGCAACUCUCUGGCCAUCAGUAAUGUUAUUGACGCAGUGGCAAAGCUACAUGUACUGGUGCUGUACCUGGGGCUGGCCCCUGAGCCGGUCACUGACACUCUGCGUGGCUGUCUCACCGGAGUGUUCAUGGUGUUAGCUAUAGCACUGUGCAACAUAGUGCUAACCUGCAAAGACUCCAUUUCCCCACGGUGGCUUCACUUCGCUGGCCUGGCUAGCUGGUUGUCACAGACCACACAGGUGCUGGGAGGACUGGUAUAUGGACUGGAAAAAGACCCUUCGUGGUAUGUUCUGUACACGUUAUUCGCCACAUACACCCUGCUGCCGUUACCUCUGCUGUGGGCCAUGUGCGCUGGCUCCCUCACCUCGAUACUACACCUUCUGGUGGAGAUAGUGCACUACUACAAUGAUGCGCUGCUUUUGAGAACGGUGUUUGCAAAAGGUCUGCUUUACCUGGGUAUGAACACAGCCGGUUUGUUCAUUCAUUACCUCACAGACCAUGCCCAGAGACAAGUUUUUCUUGAGACGAGGCGCUGCAUCGAAGGUCGUGUCAAACUAGAGCAAGAGAACCAAAGACAGGAGCGUCUUGUGCUGUCGAUCCUGCCUCGCUUUGUUGCCUUGGAGAUGAUUGCUGACAUGAGCUCUUUGGAAGAUGAACUCAAUCCUCAUGAGUUUCACAAGAUUUAUAUCCACCAGUACAAAGAUGUCAGCAUCCUUUUUGCAGACAUAAAAGGCUUCACUCUGUUGUCCAUGAACCUGUCAGCUCAGGAUCUUGUCAGAACCCUCAACGAGCUCUUUGGACGCUUUGACCGACUGGCAGAAGAGCACAACUGCCUGCGGAUAAAGAUACUGGGAGACUGUUACUACUGUGUGUCAGGGGUUCCUGAGCCACAGCGUGCGCAUGCCCGUCAUUGUGUUGAGUUGGGCCUGGCUAUGAUCAGCACCAUACAGUAUGUGAGGCAGCAGCUGAACUUUGACAUGGACAUGAGGAUUGGGAUCCACUCGGGCUCUGUCCUGUGUGGGGUGCUGGGCCUGCAGAAAUGGCAGUUUGAUGUCUGGUCAUGGGACGUGAGCAUUGCCAACAUGCUGGAGGCUGGGGGUAUACCAGGACGCAUCCACAUCUCAAGGGCCACACUGGACUGUCUUGAGGGCAUGUACAAGACAGAAGACGGUCAUGGGCGGGACAGGAAUGAGUUUCUGCAGAAGCACACCAUCGACACGUUCCUCAUCUGCGCUCAGGGGGAAAAAAACAAGGUCGAACAUGUCGAGCCCCUCAAAGUGCAGAAAACACAUCGGACCUGGCACCAAGACAUGCCAUUUGGCAACGCCAUGGACAUGAACAGUAUUCUUGCCUCAUUUACAAACGGCUCGCUGCCCAACAUAUGGCAGUCUUCCUCCAAGGAGAUCAACAAACGCAUCAAGCAAGCGAUUGAGGUUCAGAGCAGUGAGCGGAUGCACAGGGAGCACAUCACUCCACUGACCCUGGUGUUCAAAGACACUCACAUAGAGGACAAGUUCUGCCAGAUGAGAGAUGAAAUGUUCAACUCCAACCUGGUCUGCUCCUUCAUCUUGCUGCUCUUCCUCAUGGCUACGCAGGCCCUCGUUCCUGCACCCAGGCUGUUUCCAGCUGUGCUUCAGUUCUCAGUCUUCCUGCUUGCCUACAUGCUGCUUCUAUUUGUAGCUCUGGCUGAGGAGUUCAAGUGUGCUCCUGCGGCACUGCAGCAGUUCUGCUGCUGGAUCCAUGAAAACAACAGUGCCCGUAACCUCCUCACCCUCACCGCCAUCUUAAUUAACUUUGGCUUAGUCUCCACUGACAUGGUGUGGUGCAUCCUCACAGGCGCAGGAGAAGCUGAUAUAAUGGACAGGAUGAAUACAGCCUCACGUCCAUUCACCCUCUGCAGUCAUCCCGAGGUGUUUGUGCUGAGCGGCGUGAUUGCCAUGGUGACCUGUGCUGUGUUCCUGCGUCUAAACUCUCUGCUGAAGCUGACUGUGUUGCUGCUGGUGGUGGCCGUCUACUCCUACCUCAUCCAUCUGGCCUUCCUCUCACUCACACGCCACGAUGUGCUGCACGGGUCUCACUAUUUCAGGAGAAAGGCGAUUUCUAUCCUUCUCAUGCUCAUGUUUAUUGUCGCUGUCUUCUACAAUGGACGGCAGUGGGAGGCCACUGCCAGGCUGGACUUCCUGUGGCGUCUGCAGGCCCAACAGGAAGUGGAAGACAUGAGGGAACUGCGGGAACACAACGAGUGUCUGUUGCACAACAUCCUGCCUUUGCAUGUGGCACGACAUUUUCUUGACAGGAGCAAAUACGAUGAGGAGCUUUACUCGCAGUCCUAUGAUGAAGUGGGUGUCAUGUUUGCCUCCAUCGCUGGAUUCAACGAGUAUUUUGAGCAGAAAGAGAUCAAACACGAGGGAGUGGACUGUCUUCGGCUGCUGAAUGAGAUCAUUGCUGGCUUUGAUGAGUUACUAGAGGAGUCUUACUUCCACUUUGUGGAGAAGAUAAAGACCAUUGGGAGCUGCUACAUGGCAGCGUCUGGCUUAGCUCCAGACAGACAGGCAUCUAUGGAUCAAUGGAAUCACUUGAGUGAGCUGGUUUUGUUUGCGUUGGCAAUGCAAGAGACCCUUAGAGAAAUAAACAGGCUGUCUGCCAAAAACUUUAAGCUGCGUGUGGGUAUAGCCCAUGGUCCGGUGGUUGCGGGGGUGAUAGGUGCCACCAAGCCGCAGUACGACAUCUGGGGGUCAACGGUGAACCUGGCCAGCCGCAUGGACAGCACAGGUGUGAGCGGACGUAUCCAGGUGCCCGAGGCCACACGCAGGAUCCUGGCCGAGUGGGGUUUCAUCUUAGAGCUAAGAGGAGAAAUCUUUGUCAAAGGGGUGAGCGAGAGUCAGGGAAAAGUCCGCACGUACUUCAUCAGCACCAUGCGCAGCAAGCGCGCCAACGUGGUGACAGACGCUCGCACGGGGGGUCGGACGGCAGGACGCAUGACGCUUGCAGGGGUGGUGUUUGGUCUGGUCCAGGCCAGAAACAAGGAAAAGAUAAGAGAGUCCAACACGGGGUUCAGUCUGGCUCCCUGCUCCAUGCAGUGCUGAAGGAGGGGAUGUUUAAGGUCACAUGACAACAGGAUAGAGGAAGGACCUAUACUGUACCUUACACUUUCCCCAAUUCGCUUAGCUGCACAGACACAGAAGAGUGAGGCUGUUUCCUCCACAGCUGUGUCCCCCCUCUGCUUUCUGCUAUCUGAAAAGACUCUUCGGAGUUUAUUUAUAGGACCUAACUGUCUUACAGGCCUCUUUUACAGCAAAUGUGAUAAGCUUUAGAGAUUAUCAGUACUGCAUUCUGCAUGUUAUUGCCAUAUUUACACUUUAUAAGCACUGUGUUCGGUUCAUCUUGUGCUAUACUAACCCACCAACAUGUCUUUUUUUUUUAAAUGUUUUGCUGGAAUAAACCUCCAGCAGAUCUUCAGACCUCUAAGCCAAAAUACAGAAUACCUCAAAACAACCAGCUCAACCUCACACAGACCAAAAGCCUAUAUCAUACUGACUGUUGUUUUUUACUUUGUUUGCAUUAAAUAUUCUCACAGUUUUUCAGUAUGUUAUAUUAUAUUGUAAGCUGACAUAUCAUUUUGACUGAUCCAUUUAUUAAAUAAGCUUAAAGUAUCUUUCGUAGUGGGACUUUUUAUCUGCAUAUUUCUUUCUCAAUCAACAAAAUGAAGCAGGAAUCCUGUUUUCCUUUUUAAUAAAUACCUGGCUGCUUGGUGUCAUAUUGCACUGUUGUUUUCUGUAAAUGCUCUUCACCAGUGUGUUGCUGAAUGUAUGUCUUGGCAGCUCACAUGUCAGUGUCAUUGUCACUCUGGAUUACCAAAACAUUUAGUCAAAAAUCUGAAAGUGACAAUUCACACUAACUUCUGUUCCUGAACAAAAGUUGUAUUUUUACGGCAACGGUGGAACUUAAUGCUUAUACUGUCUCCCUUGUCGUCUAAUUUCUUUUAUACUAAAAACCAAAGGAGAGACAAGGUUGUGUUUUUCUAAAAGAGAUUGCUUUUCUCAAUUGAAAUAUUCCUGGCAAAGCAUUUUCAAUUUGAUAUAUAAUAAUGAUUUAAUUAUAAACAUUAUAGUGUUGAUAAUGUGACUGUCUUAUGUAACAAAUUUGAUUUAUUAUGUAAUUAAUGUUUUAUUGAUGAGCUUUUCCUUGGGACAUCCUGGACUUUGUACAGUAACUGGCACAUACAAAUCCUCUCAAAAACAAACUUAAAAUGGUAUCCAGUAAUUUAUCUAAAAUCAAAUGUAAAUGAAAGAAAUUAGGAAAUGUUCGUCAUUGUCCCCCAGUUUAUUUUUAAAACAUGAUUAGAUAGGCCUUCAAUAAGGUUUUUAUAAAGGUUUGGCUCAUGAAAUGUGUAAAAGCUGAAUGCUAGAAAAGGGUGAAGAAUGUGUUAUUUUUCCUGUGUAAAUUGUUUUUUCAUUAUUUUUACAAAAAAAAGUUCGACUGUCCAUUUUCCGCUGAUAAAAGAAAGUAAUGACAACAUAUGCAAGUGUUG